CUGAGAAAUGGAACUGAAACGAACCCGUUCCUGCAGGUGUCCGAGAACUAGAACGCUUACGAGAUGAACGGGUUCGUGGAGGGUGCCACGUUCGAGAGUAUCGUGCAUUACGUGUUGAAGAAUAUGAAGAUUACCCAAGCGCGAGCUGGCUACCUAGUAAUGGAGGUUCUGAAGGCAGGAGUUUCUCUAGGACGCAUCAAGAAAACUCCUCGCGGCACCUAUAUCUUGGCAACGGACAAACCUGGCUCUAUCACGCACAACAUCAAAGAACCACAUUUCAGUGACGAUAGCGAUUAUGACGUUUCGUCCGAAGACAGUUCGUGAUCAAGCACACAUACAUAUAUAUGUAUCUUUAAUCACGACAUCCCGAAUGAAAAAUCAUGUCCAGCAUUCCAUUCUACUAAUAAAACGUUAAUCGUCGGGCGCAAACUAACCUAAC